GCGUGUCAAAAAUGAAGUGCGUAAAUACAGUGAAAUCCGUCCAAUGCAACGGACAAAGUCGGAAGUAUACCUGUAACGCAGGGAUAAAACAUCAAGAAAAAUAAUUUUCCGAAUUACCAGUGAUUUGCGACGGAAAUACAGUGGUGGACUUAUGUUAUGAGUAUUAGAAGUCUCCUUUCACCCCUCGGAGCUACUGCAAGUGAUCAAAUUUAUCACCGAAGUAGGUUAUGCACAUCCUCCAUGCUUUGUUUUUUUGACGCAUAUGUAGUACCGUGCUCGUUACUCCCGCGGAUUUUGCUCACGUCAAACUUCCCGUCCUCCAUGUAAAUUAGUUUUUACUCCCCGUUACGAACUAAAUUUUUAUAUUCUCAGGUCUUAAAUUAGUCGCUCGAUAAUGCCGCGAAAUGACGUACUCGUCACGAGAGUCACGCGCAGCCAGGAGAAGAAAGAAAAAAUCUUGUCCGACAAGGGAGACACCAAUAAGCCAGGGACUAACCAAGUGCCGAAUAAGUUUUUUAAAAGUAAAACACUGCGCGCUGCGCCUAAGAAGCGCCUAAUGCAGAGAACCAUGCCAAAACGAGCAACGAGAUUGAAUCAAAUUAAGAAUGACGAUUCCAGUGAGUUUGUGCCGUCCAUGAAACAGCCCACACUGUCGGAGUCCUUCGCACGUGCCUCUGUGCGUGGUAAACUCAGACCACGCAAGGAGGUCAAAAACUAUUGCGACGCUUCUGUUUUGGCAAAAAGCAUCUCCCCCGACAAGAGAAAGAGUUUUGUAUUGCUGGAGAACAUUGAUUUUAACAAAGGGACCAACAAGGCACCUGUUUAUAAAUCUGUCAAAACAACAGAUAAAGAUUCCGAGGGUAAGGAGAGCGUUUAUGAAUUUGACUUUGACGUCAAUGAUCCUAAGGAGAAAGUCAACAAGGGGAAAAAGAAACGAGCUCGCAGGAAGGCAGCGACUGUUAAGAAGAAAAAAACUGAUGCCAAAAGCGUUGUUGAGAAACUUCAGGAGCCACUCAAACAGCAGGCAAAGGUCACCGAGCCCUCCAAGAGUCUAACGCCGGAAGACGAAGUUGGGGGAAAUGUUGUCAGCUUACCAGUUGGUGGAACUGUUGUGGAAACUAAGGAAGAAGGACAGAAAACGACUUCAGUGACUGAAGAUGGUCCUUGCGAUUUGCCGACGAGCAAGAAUGUACCGUUGAAAAGUCCUCAGCUGAGAAUAGCACAUGUGGAAAAACUAACGGGGGACAGAAAGGUCAGCUUUAAGUCAAAUCUGUCAAGAACAGGGCAAAACUCUACAAAAUUCAACCCGUUCAGGUCUACGAUAUCAGUUUUUAGGCAGAGGCCUACGUUGCAAACUCAAGAAAUGAUGAACCACUCUUUGCUGAACAAAUCAUUGUCGCCAAUAAAGAAUGAGACGGAUCACUUUGACCCUGCUAGUCCGUGGCGACCACCGACUACAAACGAGUUGUUCAGUAUUAAACGAAUGGUGCAAAGUACGCCGCAACCCCGGCGGAUCACAUCCACAUCUUCGAGUGUAGAAUUCAGGCGGAUUCACAGGAUCUUGGAAAAUAACGAGAACAGGGAAAAUGUCGAGCCUACCAGAAGCAGUACGAGCCCUGUGAGUAGGCAGGGCGAAAGCAAGGCGGUGAAACCUUUGGGGCUCAGAACAUUGAAUGCAGAGAAUAUUCAGGCUGGCCCAAAUAUAUCAAGCGAUGCAUCCAGACUUGGAGGAACAAGGCCCUUCACCCAAUCGUCAAAUCGUGCUGAAAACAAAGUGAACACAGGUUUCGGCGACAGACUCUACAAGUCGCCGUCUAAAAAUGAUAAGGUAAUGGUAGGAAGUGGCUUGAGGAGAAAAAAUCAAGAGGUUCUUCGAUCCGUCACACAUGAUGACGAGAAUUUGCCACUCGGAGAAGAUGCGAAAUUCUUGAAGCAGUCAAAGCUUAACUCCUUUCUUAACAUGGACGAGAUGCCCGAAAGCACGACAAUAAAUACAAGCCACGGCAUAUUUGGGGAUUCCAUUGCUACGCCAGCAAUCAGUGAACAAACCCUGAAAAUUCCACGACCAGUCGAAAUUGAAAAUUGUUUUGGGUUUGAGGACGAUUAUUCCAGCACUCAAGUGACCCCUAUUAAAUUUGACAAUAAACAGGACAGAACCCCUGUCAAAAAAGUAUUUGAACGUCCCAGGGGUAGAGUCUUGUCUACGGAAAAAGGUUCAUCGGUAAAAACGGCCAGGAUAUCUCUGGGGGAAAUUAAGAACACUCUGUACCCGAGAAAAGAGACGAAGAUUGAUAAUGUAGAAACUAAAAAUGACAAGGAAAGGAAAACGGAGCUGGACAUAAAUGCAAUCAAAGAUUCGAGAAACCAGAAAGCUGACGUGAGGCCAACCGAUGCCUCUAAUACUGUUAAAUUCACUGACACGUUCGAUGUACUCUCUGAAAGCGUGCAAGGGCAAGAAACUGACAAAUCGCUGGAUGCUGAAAUUUCGUUGUUUGCAGACAUGGAACCCGUUCAUUUUACAAAGCCUCCUAGAAGAUCCUACGCAAAGAAGAGAGAACGUGUACGUUAUUGGUCUUCAGAGGCGGAGGAAGACGACGAAUUUGAGAAUGACGUUGAGAACCCGACUCGCAAGAAAAAGAAGAGGCAGAAAUUGACCAAAGUUGCACAGGUUGAAAACAAGAAAAUUGAAGAGUGGGUUAAGAGCGUCAACAACACUUUCCGAGAGAUAGAUGAAUUUGACUUGGUAGUCGAGAAAGCACCGUGAAAUGCGAUCAAAAUCUUAUAAUAAGUUUUUAAAAUUCUCAAAGACUUCUCAUUAUUUGUUUGAGCUCAACUUUAUACCAUCACUACAGCAGAUAAAUUCUGACUUGAUAACGCGAGCGCGAGCAUUCUCAAAACCUGAAUCCUAUAAAAGUUAAUUUAUUCGUAUACGGGAAAGACACGAGAACGGAUUCAGUGUUGAAAAUGCACUGUUUAAUGUACAUAUCAUAAAGAUAUUUUUAAAGUAUACAUAUUUUUUAUUGCCGGUUAUACCUAUAAAAAAAAUUGAACGGUUUACAUUGAAAAGAAAUUUUACGGUAGCCUCUUAUACUGACUUUCUUAUGACCUGAGGCCUUUGAUAGAAUUACCUAGAUUAAUGGUUACAAAUAUGAAUAACUUACAUUUCUAAGGAGUAUAUUAAAUUAUCUGAUUAUCGUUAUCGGUAUUAAUAAAGUAUAUGAGAAAAUUAAUAUAAAUCUACAUAUCAUAGUUCGAUGUAAAUACUACACCGUUUUUAUUUG